AUGACCGUUUGCCGACAAGGCUCGGAAACGAUAAGUAGUCCACGUCCAUGGGGUGGUCUCCUCCAGCAUCUUGUCGACCUGCUCCAAAGUCAGGCCCUUGGUUUCUGGAAUCAGCAUCACGGAAUACAGAAGACAGCAGCCACACAGCGAGCCCCAGAUGAAGAACACCUUGGCCCCCAAAUUGCCCUUGUCGCCGUCAACCAUGUAAGGGGUGAUGACGGCAAUGACACAGUUCCACAGCCAGUUGGAGGCGGUCGACAGACCGACACCUCUGGAUCUGAUUGGCAAUGGGAAAAUCUCUCCGAUAAUAACCCAGGCUCCAGGACCCCAGGUCGAAGCAAAGAAGAAGAUGUAGAUGCAGAUGAAGGCGAUCAUGGCACUGACGGUUUUCUGGUUGUCGCCGUCGACGGUACCGGCAAUGGCCACGAUAAACUGACACACAACCAUACCUGCGGCACCGUAGAUCAUGAGCGUACGACGGCCGAGUUUCUCGAUCGUGUAGAAAGACAGAGGAGUCGACACGACGUUGACGAUGGUGGUGAUCAUGGAGAUCAGGAACUCGUUGUGGAUGGUGCCGAGCUGCUGGAAGAAGGUGGUACCGAAGUAGAAGAUGAAGUUGACACCGGUCCAUUGCUGCAUCAUCUGCAUGGAGGUUCCGAGGAUGGUUUUUCUGAGGUUCGACGAGGCCUUUCUGAGUCCGCCGGUGAAGCAGGCUCCCCACGAUUGCCAGUAGCCCCUGGUUGGAAUGACGCUCUUUUCGUACUCGUGGUUGGCCACGAUCUCGGCGAGUUCCUCCUGGAUGUAGUCGGAGUCGACAGGCUGGCCUCUGAGUCUGGAGAGCACCUUGGCGGCCUUGUCGAGCUUGCCCUUGAGGACGUAGUAUCUAGGGGAUUCUGGGAGCAAGAGCAGUCCACCUCCGAGGAUGAUGGACCAGAUCAGUUGCAGAGCAAUAGGAAUUCUGUAGGAGCCGGAGUCGUUUCUGUGCUCGGUGCCGUAGUCGACGCAGGACGCGAGCAGCAGUCCGAUGGUGACGAAGAACUGGUAGCCGGAAACAAUGGCACCUCUGAUUUUCUUUGGCGAAAUCUCAGACAGAUACAGAAUGACCACGGACGAAACAAAACCAACACCAAGACCAGCUAUGACUCUUCCCACGGAAAGCAGAGCCACCGUGGUGGAGGCGAUCUGGAGCACAACACCGACCGAGUAGAUACCGCAGCCGGUCACAAUAAUGGUUCUUCUUCCGAGCAUGUCGGCCAGGUCUCCAGCAAACACGGCACCAAUGAAGGUACCUGCAGAAAGAAUAGAGGUGAUAAGGGAUUUUUCAGAAGAGGGAACGACAAAAGACGGAUCGCUAUCGCCCUGUUUCACUUUGCCAGUGAACUCAUGGAUAAAGUAGUCCAUACCCAUGACACCGGAAAUGUAACCGGAGUCGUAUCCGAAGAGGAUACCUCCUAA